ACCCCGACCUGCGCCUCCUGGGCUGCUCCGUGCUGGCACCCCCCUGUAGCCGGGGCCGGGCCCGGAGACCCUGCCGCCCCACCUGCCUGGCCCUCAGGAAGACCUGCCUGGCCGCCUUCGACUCCAUCGACAUGGCCUGGCCCUACUUCCUCGACUGCGACCGCUUCUUCGUCGGAGAGGAGGCGGAGGGAGGCUGCUUCGACCCGCUGGCUCAACUGAGAGGACCUGCAGAGGCCAGGGGUGAGGGCCGCCCAUCCGCUCUGCCUUCCACAUUCAUCCAGUUUACUCACCACUCCUACGUCCAGAUGGUCAGCGUCCUGAGGAAGACGGCCGCCCGCUGCCAAAAUAUCUCCAGGACUUAUAGCCUGGGCCGCAGCUUUGACGGCAAAGACCUCCUGGUUAUCGAAUUUUCCAGCAAGCCCGGCCACCAUGAAUUGCUUAAACCCGAGAUGAAGUAUAUCGGCAAUAUCCACGGGAAUGAAGUUUCGGGCAAAGAAAUGCUGAUUUAUCUGGCCCAGUACUUGUGCUCAGAGUACCUCCUGGGAAAUCCAAGGAUCCAGCAUCUCAUCAACAACACCAGAAUUCACCUGCUCCCGUCAAUGAACCCUGAUGGGUAUGAAAUCGCAGCGGCUGAGGGUGCCGGGUACAACGGCUGGACGAGCGGGAGACCCAACGCCCAGAACCUGGAUCUGAACAGGAACUUCCCAGAUCUGACGUCGGAGUUUUACCACCUGGCGGGGUCUCAGCGCAGGGUGAGAACAGACCACCUCCCCAUUCCGCAAGACUACUGGUGGGGUAAGGUGGCUCCCGAGACCAAAGCAGUUAUGAAGUGGAUUAGGGACAACCCUUUUGUGCUUUCCGCCAGUCUCCACGGGGGCGACUUGGUGGUUUCCUAUCCUUUCGACUUUUCCCAGCACCCCCUGGAAGAGCAGAUGUUCUCUCCGACGCCUGAUGAGAAGAUGUUCAAGUUAUUGUCCAAAGCCUAUGCAGACGUGCACCCCAUCAUGACGGAUAGAUCGGAAAACAGAUGCGGUGGUAAUUUUGUAAAGCGGGGAGGCAUUAUAAAUGGAGCCGAUUGGUACAGCUUCACGGGAGGCAUGUCAGAUUUUAAUUAUCUUCACACCAACUGCUUUGAAAUAACUGUGGAGCUGGGCUGUGUGAAAUUUCCACCUGAGGAAGUCCUCUACACACUCUGGCAACACAAUAAAGAAUCACUCUUGAACUUCAUGGAAAUGGUGCAUCGGGGAAUUAAAGGUACAGUGAUGGAUAAACUGGGAAAUCCCAUCCCAAAUGCCCACAUUUUAGUCCGAGGCAUCCGCCAUGCUAUCACCCCAGCUGCCGGUGGGGAUUACUGGAGAUUGUUGCCUCCAGGCAUGCACAUUGUCAGUGCCCAGGCCCCGGGCUACUCCAAGGUCAUCAAGAAGGUGAUCAUCCCAGCUAAAAUGAAGAGAGCGGGAAGGGUGGACUUCAUCCUGCAGGCCCUCGACCCCCUCUCUCCCGACCUCAAGACCGGAUUCCGGAGACACAAGCAAGUGCAGGCCGACCCGCUGGACGACUUCGACCCCCACGGCGGCCCCGACCACCCCCAGCAGGCCGGAAGAGACCCCUCCUUGGGAGCCAGCAAGCCCUGGUGGUGGUCUUACUUCAGCUCUAUCAGUCAGCACAAGCCCACGUGGCUCCUCAAAUCCCAGUAGGGUGGGGAUCCCGGUCCUCCCUCACACCCCCGGGGACGGCUCUCGAAAACGUGGAAGCUCGCUAAGGGCAGGAAAUGUGUCUGUUGGUCUCCCAGGCGCUUAGUACAGUGCUCUGCACACGGUAAGCGCUCAAUAAAUCUGAUGGAAUGAAUGAAUGGGAAGAAUCGGUGUGAUACUCAGCUGUUUCUAGCUCGCUUUUAUUCACGGUUCCUUGUUAGA